GAAAAGGUUUAGGGGCGCUUAACGUAGGAUGUGGGUAGGAUAUUGAGGGGUGAGGGGGAACUAUAAAAGGUGAAAGGCCUGGAUCCCCCCCGCCGCCGCCGCUUUUCCGUUGCCUUCAACGGUUAAGGAUGGGCCUGGGCUAGUCCUGGUUGGUAGUCCGGGGAGCCGAGGGCGGGUUAAUGCUCGAGAACAGCUUUAGCACAUAAAUAGAAAGGGUUUGGGAGGCGAUCCGUGUUUACUGUUAAAUCCUGACUUUUCUCCUAAAGGGCGCAAGGUGGUGAUCUUAGAGUAGCUUGACGGGGUGUAAAUGAAUACAACAAUCCUGCGAGGUGGGCUAGGUGGAGAGAUCAGUAACAGGGCCAAAUCAUGGGAGUAAACCAUGGAUGUGUGUCUGGGGAUUUGAAUGCAAAGGGCUGACCUCGCUGCGGCACCAGGCUGAUUUAAACAAACUCAUUGGAUUGAGCUGGCCCACCUCUUAACAUGCCUUGGAGUAACUGGUUUGCAUUCACUAAAGCCCUGAAAGAAAAUGAAAGCUAUGCUGCCAGCAAGUCUCGUUGGUCAAUCUCCUGAGAGUCCAUCUGGCAAUAAAACACAGAAUGGCUCUCUAAAGCCUAAGUUGCCCAAACCUAAACUUGACCUCAGAGCCCUCUUUGACUACUUCAGAAGGAAGCAGCAUCUGAAGAGGAGAAAGUGGAGGCCAAGCGCCAGGAAGAAGAAAGUCGCAAAGAAGAAAACUGCAAAAUGUAAGGAGCGAGAAACUUGUGAGAGGAGACAGCAGCCAAGAGUCCCAGGAAAGAAACGGAAAAAGAAACUUACUGAGAAAGUUGUUAAUUUUCCUUUUGUGGAGAGACUGUACGGUGUGAAACGCAUUCCCUUUAGAAUGGUGUGUCUGUAUGAGCAAGCAGCUUUAAAUGGAUACUUCAGAUACAUUGAAACGCUGAAAUUGGAGAAGCUCAUGGAAAAAUCUUUGACGCAGUUGAAUGCUGUGGAUGAUCUAGAAAACGAAAGCCUGGAGUCAAGAAAGUACAAAUACGUGGAUGAAGAUGAACCUCUUUCUCCCAUUGUGGAGACAAAUGGAGAUGACCAAACUGAGAGUUCUGCAGAUAAAGAAGAAAUAGGUGCCAAGAUAGUGGAAAGCAGCUGUUUCAUACUAAGUAGUGAAAUUCCAAAGAAGACAUGCAAGAGGAAGUCAAACACUACCAGCAACUGAAGCUACUAAUAGCCAUAAUAAGCAGUGGCUCUGAGAACAUAUGGAAGCAGCAUUUGUCCGUGGCAGCAAGGAAGAUGACUUCAUCCACAUUGGUUCCUAUAGUUUGCAGCUAGCCUUGGAUUUGUUCUGCUUCACCAGUGUUCUAGACAGUGACGGAUAGGAAAAAUCCCGGCUUGCAAAAGAGUGCAUGGAAAAACACUGGAAAACGUUUUGUAUCCUGAACCAUCAUGAAAUGGUCCAAUUGCGAUGUGAUGUCUAUCCAUCAAAGCAGCAGCUUUGUGCUAAAGGAAUCCAGAUAAUGAACACCUGUCACCUAAAUUGGUAGAAAAUUCAAAUGGCAUGAAGCUGCUCUAGUUUGGAACAGAAGGACAUGGAGGCAUGGACUUGGUCGAUAGCAUGUGAUGCAGCUUGGAAAAACAAUCAGCUUGAAAAGUGCUACUAGACAAUCUACAAGCCUGAAAAGGAAUCUGCAAUUUAGGCAAAUAAGCUCUGUCUGGUGCUAAAGGUACCUUAACAGCUGGAUAGAAAAUGGAAGAACACGCCGGGGUGCUCUUUUGUCAGACAGCUUUUAAAUUAAACAAAUUGGUUUUCUUAAAGCUUCAAAAGUUAAACUUGCGGAAUUCUAAAAUGUCUGCUCAAUAAAAAAGUCCUUGCUGGAA